GAUGAGGAAAGUAUUAAAACGCAAAAGGAACUUGCUGUAAAUGAAAAGUCUAAUAGAUUUACCGUUAAAGGGAAAAGGAUUGUUUAUCUACAGAAAAUGAACGAUCCACUGAGUUCAAAUCACGACGGAUUACGAGAAUGUAGAAGAAAGAAACGAUUCAUCGUUGUGCGGCCUAAUCCUCAACGUAGUUUGGGUUGCUCGGACUCUACGAUCUAUUCUCUCACUUCCAUGAGUAAAACACAAAAACUUGCCUGGGAAGGAAAAUGUAGGCUUAAAAAGAAUAUUUCAAAAUCGGAGCCUUAUUUGAAAGACUUGGAGAGUUCAAUAAUGGCGUCGAAUGACAUUGAGCUGAGGAAUUCAGGGUCACUCCGUUCAAAAGAUGGAAGAAUUUUUGAGGGAGCGAGGUUUUUGUUUAGUAAAUUGAGCACAAGGAUAGCUGAUGAUUCUAUUCUUGUUCCUCAAGAAUCGGUGUCCUGUGAGAUUACUGACAACGCGGAUGAUUUCAAUGCUAAAAUACCGACACCUGUCACUCUAGACUGUAAAGGAAGAAUCGAUAAACAGGACGAAAAUUUAACCGAACAAUACAAUGGUUCAAAAAAGGAAACAGAAGUCGUUAAAGAAAAAAUUUCAAGCUUCAAAGGAUUGUUAGAAAGACAACAAGCUUUUGAAGAAGAAUCUUCUAAUGGCCAUGUAGACGUAGGGAGUGACGUUUCGCAUCUCCUGAAUCCCAUUAUUGGGAUAAUUAAUGGUAAUCCGACUAAUGAAACGACCAGUGAAAAUGAAACCAAUUUGUAUGCACUUAGCUUUAUUGAUAAUGAAAGUAGAGAACUCAGGAAGCCCGCUGCUAAAAUUACUAUUAGCUGUCCUAGUGAAUCAGUUGCAGGUGGCAAUGAAUUGCAAGCUACGAAGAGCGAGAACGAAACGAUGAAAAAUGAAAAAGAAAAGGUUUAUCAAUCCGUAAUGUCUGUAGAUGGUACAAGCAAACUUGAUGGCAAUACAAGAUGGAAAGCUACCAGCUUUAGUUAUCCAUGUGUUCAUCGUGGGAAAGAAUAUAACACGAAAAGAAAAACAGUUCAAGGUAAUAAUGAUGAGACUAAAUGUCUAAUUUCACCUAAACGCACCGAAAAUAUCGUCAAACUAGAAGACGAAGAAACUUCACUCUCUGAACGAGAGAAUGGUAACUUUAGUAAGUUAAAGAACAACGGGGUGGAACUUAGUGCUGGAAGUUUUGAAAAGCAAAAAAAUGACGAUCUUUUAAUGGAUAUGCUGCGUGGAAGUUUGAAUAGUAAUUAUUAUAGGUCACCAAACAUUAUGGAUGUCACGAACAAAGACAGUAAUAAUCUACUUAAAACUGGAAACAGACUGCAUUCAUUAAGUGAGCCAAAGCUCGAUACAAAAUGUCGGGAAAAUGUCUCGGUGACAGUGAGUCCACAACAUGAUGUCAAACCAGUGGAUAUCACUACGGACAACAAACAUGAUGAACAUCCGGGAACUUCUACAUCCGGGGAUUUGUCUACAAAGAAACGAAAUCGUGUGAAAUUAGCAUUGGCUACGUCACAUGCGGGGAUUUACGUCACUGGUGAGUCACAGGACGAUACGACGUCAUCGGAUUCACCAAUGGGGUGGAGUUUUGAGAGGUGUCCGAGUUGGAUUGGUAAAGAGUCAAAUGAUUCGCCGUUUCUCUCGCCUUAUUAUCAACCUUCGAGUAACGAAGAGAAGGAUGAAAGUCCAGUUAUUUCUAUUCAGAAAAGAAAAGUCAGUCCAAUCUCUUUAUCUUGUACUAAGCAGAAAUCGAAUUCCUCUGAGAAGGAUAGCGGAGCUUCGUGGUCUCCCCAUUCCAAAACUUCGGGAUUUUCCGUUCAGGACUCAGGAUUCGAGGCCUCUGGUCGUCACAGCACCGCUCUCCUUUCGCCAAGCUUUCGGAAAAUGACCUUACCAAUUACGUCACAUCCGGGUAUCUCGACAUCCGGGGAAAUGUAUUCCUCAGAUGAGUAUUUUACAUACAGUUGUGAGGGAAAUAUGUUAAGUCCUACACGAAGUCAGGAAUCAAAACGGGAGAGUAGACGUCGAAAAGUUGCUAUAGGGUCGAGUAGGACUGGAUCUAACGACUUUACUUUACUGUCACCGACAUUCAAAGCACAAAGCUACGAAGAACCAGAUAGAAAAUCCCGCAAGAUUUCCUAUCCAUAUCGGUUCUCUAACUCCACUGAAGGUGAUUCAGGCCUUGAAACUCCUCAUAGCGCUGCUUCCCGGUCCCCGCACCUAGAAAGGAACCCAAUCUCGACCCAGUCCAGUGUGUCGUCGCGCGGUCAUCACGAACGUUCGUCGCGGUUCUCAAUUCAAAGCAGACUUUCUUCAAAAUCGUCCAUGAAAAGUGGUGGAUCCUCAAUGAGGUUUUCAAACCCCAUUGAAUCUCUCAAAGGAAGUUUUUUGUCUUUUCUUUCACCGAAAAACUUCUUUGGCAGUAGAAAAAGCUCUGAAGCAGGCAAAAGCAGUUCGUGUGGUUCCAAAUCGUCAAGGAAACAGCUCGCUGAUUUCCCGGAUGAUGAAAAGAUUUUACUGGUAAACGUGAGUGGACGGAAAUUCAAACUUCAUGAAUAUUUCACUACAGUCUAUCCCAAGACCCUCCUGGGUAACGUGAGCAGGAAUAAAUACUACGAUGCCAAUAAAGAGGAGUUCUUUUUCGACCGGGACCCAGAUAUUUUUCGUCACAUCUGGAACUUUUACUACACAGGGAAACUUCAUUUCCCAAAAGAUGAGUGCGUGAGUCACUUUGUCGAUGAGAUUUCUUUCUUUGGCGUAGCAGACGAGUAUCUCUGUACGUGUUGCUGGGAAGACGAGUUUGAGCCAGCGGUUGAAAAACUAGAAAAACUACGAAAGGAAAUCGAGAAAAAGGAGGAAGAAAAACUCGCAAAAACUAGAAAAAUACCUGAAAAUGCGUCUCUGAGAGAAAAAAUCUGGUUGACAACGAAAGAUCCUGUAGUCUCUACACAGGCGAAGAUGUUUUACUUCCUUAGCAUGUUGGCCAUAGUCGUUAGUACAGUGGCUAGCAUCACUGAAACUAUCCCUUGUUCAAUGACGCUUAAAGUCUGUAAAGAAAACAACCAAGAUGUUUAUUUUUACAUCGAUUCUGGCUGCGUCGCUUUCUUUACCAUCGAGUACCUCCUCCGUCUUAUCACUGCUCCAAAACGUCUUCACUUUGUGCGCAAAUUCAUGAGUAUCGUCGACCUCCUCGCCAUCGUACCUUACUACUGUGAUAUCCUCAUGAGGCAGAUAUUUGGCCCAUCUAUAGCCUAUGGAAUAGGUCUACUAGAGAUUCUAAGGAUCCUUCGAAUUGUACGCGUAUUCAAACUAUUGAAACACUCUCGCCGUCUUCAAUCUUUGGUUAAUACCUUCAAGAGUUCUACUGCGGAGUUGAGUUUGAUCGUGUUUAUAUAUCUGGUGCUGGUGACAGUCUUUGCGAGUGUUAUUUAUUAUGCUGAGAUGCAGGAUAAUCCUAAGUAUUCUAGUAUUCCUGAGUCCAUGUGGUAUGCUGUUAUCACCACUACUACUACAGGAUAUGGCGACAUUGUUCCGGAAACCAUAAUUGGCAAGUUGAUUGGCUGUGCCUGCUGUCUGCUGGGGGUACUUAUCGUUGCACUUCCGGUUCCGAUUCUCCAAAUAAGGUGAAAACGCAGACGUAACGUCACCAAAUGACUCCAGAUCCGCGCAUGCGCUAGAAAGAAGCACCGCUAGAUUUUGUAAGUUAAUCAUAACAGAUUGACUAAUUGACUACAGUUACGUUGUACCGGAAAUACGCCAUUAAGUGUUACAUAAGCGGAAAUGAAUGCAAACGGGAAACCGAAAAUAUUUUAUGGCAUGUGACAAUGAAUAAAAGUUUAUCAAAGCUUACG